CCUACUUCAUCGACUAUCUCGCGCCCUCCUCCAGGUCUGGUCACCUGUCUACGCCUCCUCCCUAUUAACCCCACUCAAAUGUCUUCUCAUAAAGCCGAAUGCAGGGACAACAUUACAAGCUUCACAGAAGCUGGCUCUGGAACCUCUCCGUAUUCCGGCUAUGGUCCGUUCAGAUAUGAGCCAGCCAUAGCUACUUGUCUUUCACAAAGAGUUAGGCGGCCUAUUGCCUACUACUUCCACAAUUAUCACUUUUACCAGUCAUUGCUUUUCCUCCCUGUGUCUGGUGAAAAUCGCCCGGAUCCACAAAUAUAUAUUCAGCGCCAGCCCAUUCAUUUUCAACGUACUUACAGCAGUUGUCGUGGUUUCAACAAUGUAAUUCAACAAUUCCAAGCUAGCAGUCCUCUGAGCAGCGCUGGCUGGACUAUCAGACAAUCCUGCUUAGACCGGACCUCGCAAUUAACACGUGGUACUGGUGGAAAUCGAAAAAUGUUUGCAUCGUUCGGAAGCCAUUUGCACACACUAACAAGUCGUCCAACUAAUGAUCAAUUACCAUCUGUGGGAAUAUUCUUAAUGUCAACUACAAAUAAAGGCAUCAGUUCACGCCUUUGGCCCGGUCGCUGUCUUCUCAAUGCCUCAGAAUUAACUAACGUGGCUUUAGGCCAGUUUGCUCGAUUUCCUUGGGCCAGCCUGUGGACGGAAUGUCGGCUGCAUGCCUCUUGGAGCUUGAAAGAUGGAAAUGCUGGUGGCUGUCUCAACUACUCUGACAGCUUUUUUACUAAUCCCCAGGUACGUGUGUUAUGGAAUAGUUACAUGCCUUUUUUGAUGGCCGCAACUAUAAGCUUUUACUGA